CUUGACAAGGGACCAAAGGAAAGAGGCAGUUGCGAGAGUAAGGGAACAAGACAAAGAGAGAGGGGGCUGUCCUUAUUUGCUCUUCGGUGUGGGGGAGUAGGGCGCUCGUGGGAGGAGGCAGAAAACAGAGAGAGAGAGAGAAAAUGAGAGAGAGACAAAGUUAGAGGAACAGAGAGAAUAAGUGAGAGACAUAGGCACUAAGGCAGUCAGACGAAGAGAGGGGUUGGCAGUCAAGGGAAGCUCAACUCAUCUCCAAUUCCCUGCUACAGUGAGUGACCAUGUGGCUGGGGUGGAAUAUUGUGUGGCUCGGGGCCCUUCUCAUGGGCCUAAAUGGGACUGUAGCCUGGGCAUCUGACAUCCAGCACCACCACUAUGAGGAGUUAGUGCGGGCCCUGUUCGUAGUGCAGAGCGAGUGCCCAUACAUCACACGGAUCUACAGCAUUGGGCGCAGUGUGGAGGGACGCCACCUCUAUGUACUGGAGUUCAGUGAUAACCCAGGCAUCCACGAAGCAAUGGAGCCCGAGUUCAAGUAUGUGGGGAACAUGCACGGAAACGAGGUGCUGGGUCGGGAGCUGCUGAUCCAGCUCUCCCAGUUCCUGUGUGAGGAAUACCGGGCCGGAAACCAGAGGAUCACACGCCUCAUCCAUGACACGCGCAUCCACAUCCUGCCUACCAUGAACCCAGACGGUUAUGAAGUGGCUGCCAAGCAGGGUCCUGAGUUCAAUGGCUACCUAGUUGGGCGAGGCAACUCCAGGGAGGUGGACCUGAACCGGAAUUUUCCAGACCUGAACGCUCUCAUGUACUACUACGAGAAGACUAAUGGUCGGAACCAUCACCUGCCCCUGCCUGAUAACUGGGAGCAUCAGAGGGAGAGAAACCAAAAACCUACAAUCAUCUCAUGGGUCUCCCAGUCAAGGACGGCACAGGUUGAACUGGAGACACUGGCAGUGAUAAAGUGGAUGCAGAACUAUAACUUUGUUCUGUCUGCUAACCUGCAUGGUGGGGCAGUGGUGGCCAACUACCCCUUUGACAAAUCAAGAGACCCCCGCAUCAGAGGCAAGACCACAUACUCCGCAACUCCAGAUGACAAGAUAUUCAAGAAGUUGGCCAGGACGUAUUCGUAUGCCCACAGUUGGAUGCAUAAGGGGUGGAAUUGUGGAGAUUUUUUUGAUGAAGGGAUCACCAAUGGAGCCAGCUGGUACUCUCUGUCCAAAGGAAUGCAGGACUUUAACUACCUAUACACCAACUGCUUUGAGAUCACUCUGGAACUCAGCUGUGACAAGUUCCCCCCAGCAUCAGCCCUGUCAAGAGAAUGGCUGGGCAACAGAGAGGCCCUGAUCUCCUUCCUGGAGCAGGUGCAUCAUGGGAUCAAAGGAAUGGUGUAUGAUAACAACAACAACCCAAUCGGCAACGCAGAGAUUUCAGUAGCUGGUAUCAACCACGAUGUGACCACUGGUGUGGAUGGAGACUACUUCAGAUUGCUGUUACCAGGCACCUACACUGUGACAGCAUCAACAUCAGGAUACUUGCCCUCUACCAGCACGGUGACAGUGGGACCUGCUGAGGCUAUACAGUUGCACUUUUACCUGAAAGUGGCACCAAAAGACACAAAUCUGACACAGUCCCACCACAGCAAGAAAAACCUCUCCUCAGCUAAGGUCCCCCUAAACCUGGGCCCAAGAUGAGACAUUGGCGUGAGAUAAACAAAGAACACACCCGCAUGUCCACGCAGAGGGAACAAUUGACAAUGUGUAAUAAAUGUCACUUAAGGAUACACCUAUUUUGUAAGCCUGAUUUACUCCUGAUUUGUACUGUAUGAGCUCUAUAAUUUUGUGAUUUUUAAGGACAGUUUUCGUGUUCACAUUUUGAGUAAAAAAAAGACAGAUUUCCAGUAAUUUCAUGAAAUGAAUCAACAAUAAAAGGUGGUGAAUGCUUUACUUUAUGUAUUAGUCAUUGAAGUUGUAUACAUUUUAGAGGCAGUAAUAUGAUGUGCAAAAAUAUCUAUAUAGCAGCAUAGCACAUCAUUUCAAUACUAUAAAGAUAAACAAUAAUUGGUUUUAUGAAAUAUGAUAUCCUAUAAUGUGAUACUAGCUUUAGUUAAUUAAAGGAAUACUACACUCAA